AUGGAGAAUGGAAUUUCGGAUACCACAGGGGUCGAAAUCGAAUUACUAAUUUUAGCUGUGGGACGGGAGGUGAGGUGUCUUCGAAAACCUUUCCCGCCAAAACGGAGCACACAAUAUAUGCCGCGUAUUCAUCGAGUCUUCUUUGACACACUUCUCAACCUCUCAGCCCUUCGUUUAGCUCUGCAACAACACAGUGAGCAAAAAGUUACAAAUGGCCUGUUAUUUGAUUCACUGCUUUUGCUUUUCCAGUCAGAUAUUCCGUUUGGUAUCCCACUGCAGGUGGGAAUAACAGAUGACUUUGACUAUCUGGAGUUGCCUGCAGUAGUGUCUGUUGGCCAAGUUGGAGAUCAGAUGCUGGAAGGCAAUCUUUAG